AUGUACAUUAUGGUUCUUGCGGCAGAAAAAACGAACAUUCGAUCCUUUGAGGGCAUGGCGCGUUGGCUUUUCCCUAAAGGCCAUUACGCCUUUUCCUACUGGGCAGCCUUUGUUCGUUUGUUUUUCGGAUUAUCAGCGUGCAUAGCGUACGUGAUUUCUGUGGGAAACAUUAUUAGUCCGAUCUUUAAAGAGGCGCAUAGGCGCAAUCCUGACAGUGUUGGCAUCGGCUUCUUCAACAAGGCCGGUGGCAAUCGCAUACUUACGAUCCUUGUAUGGCUUUGCGGUAUGUUACCAUUAAUGAUUCCGAAGCACAUUGAUUCCUUACGCUACGCUUCAACCUUCGCAGUCAGUUUUUUAGUAUACUUUGCCCUCGUUGUAUUUGCUCACAGCUGUACGCACGGACUAAAGGAUUUCCAAAAUUAUGUGAAAACAACUGACCGAAAUGAGGAUGCAAACAGUGACGAAAGAAUCAUUUACCUUUUCCGAACUGGAAAUACUUUACUCAGCAGCAUCGGUGUGUUCAUCUUCUCGUACCUAUGCCAUGUUGCUGUGUACGAAAUUUGGUGGGAUAUGCGUCCUGAAGUACGUACGCCACGUAAUUUUGUGUUGCUUCUAAGCUUAGGUUUGGCUAUUUCUGCUAUUAUUUAUAUUAUUACUGCCUUUUUCGGGUACGUUGACUUCGGCAGCACCAUCGGCUCGAAUUCUAUCCUAUUGAUGUACAACCCUAUCAAUGAACCCCAAGUAAUGAUUGCGUAUAUUGGCAUAUUGGUCAAGCUGUGUGUGUCGUAUGCAAUUCUUGGCACAACAGCGCGUAAUUCCAUUUACUACCUCAUUGGAUGGCAGAAGCGAUUCGCCAAUAAAGCUUCUGUGCCACCGGAGCAUAGCCAAACUGCGGCCCUUAAGAAUUCAACAGCACACCAUACACAGGAUGAGGAAAACAAACACAUUCCCACAGGUGAGAUUUCCCCCAUUAAUACGGAAGAGGACACCACGUACGUUGACAACAUCCCCUACUUAUGGCACGUAAUUGUGGUUCUAAUAUUAUCUUUUGUGACACUCCUUUGCGGCUUAUUCAUUCCUAAAAUCAACACCGUAUUUGGUUUCGCUGGGUCUGUGACAGGCGGCUUUCUGGGGUUUAUCUUCCCCGCGUUAUUCUACAUGUACUCUGGAGGUUUCUCUGUGGAGCGGGAGGGAAGAUUCAACUACUACUCUACCUACAUAAUUAUGUUCAUUGGUGUGUUUGCUAUCGUCUUUGGGUUUGGUAUUACUGUCUAUGAUUCAUUGUAA